AUGGCCCAAGCAAAGCGAAUCAUCCUGCGCAUCUCCGAAGCAGAUCUCAACCACCAAGACCUCCACGAAGCCGUCCGGGUCUACCUCCGCGCCAAAAACCGCCCAGUCGACGAACUAACCCAGCACCGCCACUUCAUCCACAUCCAGCCUCCCAGCCCCGACAUCCCACAGGAAGACCCAAAGAUUCAUAUCGUGAUUGACCUGGAAAAGGACCUCCAUUCUGGCUCUGGCCCUCUUGGACCGGAGUUUCCGCAUGAGCUGUACCGUAUACGCCGUGUAGAUGGUGAAAUGAAACUGGGCGAGUUCAGGGAUGGCCUGUGGUAUAGGAAUUUCCUUGCGAAGGUUCGCCAGUUUACGGAUGAGCUGUAUCCAUGGGGAUGCACGACUCACGAUCUGAGGGUUGCUCAGGGGACGGCGAAUGUUUCCAGAUUGGAGGGUUGUUGA